AAAAAUCGGAUACGAUACGGGGGAAAUUCCAACCCGUUUGCAGGGGAGGGUCUCGACAGAACUAACAACCAUCUUGUCCGGCCAUUUCCUCGACCGACUCGGCGGCCGUCUUCUGAUUCUCCGACGAUGCAUCGGGCUCCUUGGGUCCUCCGUCUCCUGAUCCUCUCCCUCCUACUCCUCUCCGCCUUCCCACUCUCCUCUCUAGGCCGCCAUUUGGUUCUCAUCCUAGAGAACGUUGACCCCAAAGGUGAUUCAAGCCCUCCCUCCGACGACGAGGCCUCCGGUGACAACGAACCUGCUGGAGGAGACUCCUCCGCUGCCUCCAAUUGGGACGACUUCGCUGCCGACCUCAAGCCCGAUGAGGAUCUCGAUCCAGGCUCCUGGCGCCUUGUCUUCGACUCCGAUCCGGUCGGGAACGCCUCCAUCCCCGCCGACGACGCCCUGUACUUCUCCAGCGUUCGUCAGAUGGUCAACGCUGCAGCCGCCGGCGAUCUGGACGCGAUGGAUGAGGCGGUAGCCGCGAUUGACGAGAUCGCGAGACGGGGCCAUGCACACGCCCAAUCCGUCAUGGGGUUCCUGCACGGCGCCGGCUGCCGAGCCGAUAGGAGCGCCUCCAAGGCGUUCACUUAUCACUACUUCGCGGCUGAAGGCGGCAAUCCACAGUCGAAGAUGGCUCUCGCCUACACCUACUUCCGACAGGAGAUGUACGACAAGUCGGUGAAGCUCUACGGUGAGCUGGCAGAGACUGCUCUCGCCAGCUUCCUGAUCUCCAAGGACUCGCCGGUAGUCGACCAGGUGAGGAUCAACGACGGCGCCGAGGAGAACAAGGAGGCGCUGAGGAAGCUGCGGGGGGAGGAAGACGACGAUUUCCAGAUUACGGAAUACCAGGCGCAGAAAGGGAGCUCCGCGGCCAUGUACAAGCUCGGAUUUAUCUAUUACUUCGGGUUGCGAGGGGUGAGACGCGACCACGCAAAAGCUCUCUCUUGGUUCCUGAAGGCUGUCGACAAGGGCGAACCUCGAUCCAUGGAACUCCUGGGAGAGAUAUACGCCAGGGGUGCUGGCGUUGAGAAGAAUUACACCAAGGCCUUGGAGUGGUUGAGGCUUGCAGCAAAGCAGCGGCUCAUUUCGGCUUACAACGGAAUUGGCUACCUGUAUGUUAAAGGUUAUGGCGUAGAGAAGAAGAACUACACGAAGGCUAAGGAGUACUUUGAGAGAGCUGCUAAGCAUGAUGAUCCGAGUGGUCACUAUAACUUAGGGGUGCUAUAUCUCAAAGGGAUUGGUGUGAAGAAAAGUCUGGCAGAUGCAAGUCGUCAUUUCAUUGCUGCAGCCAACUAUGGUCAACCAAAGGCAUAUUACCAACUUGGGAAGAUGUUCCAGAAAGGAGUUGGUGUAGAGAAGAAUUUGGCGAUGGCCACAACUUUGUACAAAUCAGUUGCAGAACGAGGACCUUGGGGUUCCUUGUCACGCUGGGCUCUUGAAUCAUACUUGAAAGGUGAAAUAGGGAAAGCCUUCUUUAUAUACUCAAGAAUGGCAGAGAUGGGAUAUGAGGUUGCGCAGAGCAGUGCAGCAUGGAUUCUUGACAGAUAUGGUGAGCGCAGUUUAUGCAUGGGAGAAGCUGGAUUUUGUACAAACACAGAAAGGCAUCAACGAGCACAUAGUUUGUGGUGGCAUGCUUCUGAACAGGGUAAUGAGCAUGCGGCGCUGCUCAUUGGUGAUGCAUAUUAUUAUGGGCGGGGUACAGACAGGGAUUAUGAGCGUGCAGCAGAAGCUUACGCGCACUCUAAGUUGAAUGCUCAGGCAAUGUUCAACCUCGGGUACAUGCAUGAACAUGGAGAAGGACUUCCAUAUGACCUCCACUUGGCUAAGCGCUAUUAUGACCAAGCCCUGGACAAUGAACGAGCUGCAAAACUACCUGUCAUGCUUGCACUUUUUAGUGUCUGGAUAAGAAUGAAUUAUCCAGACACCAUUCUGGUUGAUUUCCUAGAUUCACUUCCGAGGGUCUGUCCUAAAGUUGCGGUUUGGAUACAGAGCAACAUUAUGGAUGAAGGGAAUGCCACUAUUCUGACCCUCUUCGUGUGCCUUAUUACUGUUCUUUACCUCCGUGAGCGACAACGGCGACAGCUUGUGGCUCUUCACCCUGAACCAGAGAAUGUGGUCAAUUGAGUAAUUGGGGGUUCAGUUUGAUGCAUGGAGCUGUACUUGAAGCGAAAGAACAAGCAAUCGUGUAAAGAUGAGUCUGCCUCAGGCCAUAGGCAAUCGUAUAUACUAUAUACGUCUUCAAGUGAGAAAUGCGACGUUGGGGAAUUUUAUCACAAUGAAGCACCGGAAGAAAGUUCCAAUUCCUUUUGGUUGAAAACUCUCCCAAACCCUUCCUGUUAGAAACAUUGUUUGGUUGGAGAAGAGAUCAGAUGACAACCGAGUUUGAUUCUUUUUUGGAGUGGUAUGAACUGACUGAUCCAUAAACUCUACACAGCCAUAAAUUUGUUGGAGAGCUUGUUAGUUACCGGCUAACCUUUGGCUGCAGAUUUCUUGUAUAAAUUUAGUUUAAUCCUUUGAACUCUAAUCAGAACUUCAUUUUACUCGUCCCAGGAAAGAAGUCAUGUUUCACAGGUUUCUAGAACCUAGAAUUUUGUUGUUCGUUUAAGCAUGUGAUUUGAGGCUGGGCUUCAGUUUGCAGCA